UCGUCACAUCUCUUCAGAAGUAAGACAAACCACUAGACCAAGAUGCAAGCUCUCCUUGUUCUCCUCUUCGCUGCCGUGGCUCAGAGCCGCAUUGCGCCUCUCUACCGAGUUGAGCCCAACAUUCCUGGCCAGUACAUCGUUGUCCUUGAGGAUGGCAUCAAUGCCGGUAGAUUCGCUGCCUCCAUGCAGGGAGGGAUCGUCCGCAAGACCCUCACCGGCCUCAUCAAUGGACUCGUUCUCACCCUCGAUGGCGAUUUGCUUGAACAGGUACGUGGUCUGACUGGUAUCAGUUACGUUGAGGAAGAUGGCCUGGCUACUGUACUUGGUAGCCGAGACGCUGCUAGUUACUAUGGGCUUGAUCGUAUCGAUCAGCGUAAUCUACCUCUUGAUGGCACAAUCAACUUCAGCGGUACGGGUUCAGGGGCAAAUGUUUUCGUCAUCGAUACCGGAAUCACUUACUCGCAUGAGGACUUCAGUAAUAAUCGUGCCAAUCAAUUCUACGAUUACGAAAAUGGAGAUGGUGCUGAUUGUCAUGGUCACGGAACUCACUGUGCCGGAACAGUCGGAGGAACAUAUAGUGGUGUUGCCACUAAUACCAACAUCUACAACGUUCGUGUGAUGUCCUGCACAGGAUCUGGUUCUUAUUCCAACAUCAUAGCUGGUGUGAAUGCUGUGGCGGAAUCCAGCAUGUCCAACAAGAUUGCUUCUAUGUCCAUUGGCGGAGGUUCUUCGUGGUCUCUCAAUAACGCCGUUGCAAAUGCCCAUGAUGCAGGUGUUGUUGUUGUUGCAGCAGCCGGUAACAGCUACGCCGAUGCCUGCAAUUACUCCCCGGCUUCUGCUCCGGAUGCUAUCACGGUUGGUGCGACCGGGAGUACCGACUCAAGACCACUUUUCUCAAACUACGGCUCAUGCGUGGACAUCUUCGCCCCUGGCGUCGGCAUUAACAGCGCUCAAUAUGGUACAUCGAGCAGCUACACACAAAUGAGUGGUACCAGCAUGGCAUGCCCUCACGUUGCGGGCGCCGCCGCCGUCGUUCUCGGAAAUUCUCCCAGUCUCUCUCCGUCCGGAGUGGCAGAUGCGUUGGUCAACGGUGCUACCUCGAACGCAAUCUCUAACCCUGGUACAGGAAGUCCAAACCUUUUGCUGUACGUCGAUUAGACACUUCAGUUAAAUGUUCCAUCUCUUUAAACUAACUCGUCUUUGUGCUUAAUCCAAAACGACCUCAUUCUAUUCUGUUCAACUCUUAGUUGACCGGUCCGGGGGGGGGGGGGGGGGAGCGGGGGGUCCCCAAAAUAAUCGACAUACUAAUACUUGGUACAGUCCUUUGGUAGACCUCGGCAUGAAAGUGAUCGUCAGAGCUAAACAAUAAGCCUCUUUUUUUAGGCGUGGGGAUUAGUGUUUAACCCGAAAAUGACACAUUAUGGGGAUAUCCCGUGUACAAACAGUGAUAGGUGAUGAUAAGAUUGCUCUGUAGCAGAACGAUAUGGUAAUCUAUAUUUUGGGAAGUGAAUAACUUUCGAGGCACCGGUGUAUAAGGAGAUGAUGGACCAAUGAGAAUUAAAAAAAAGCAUUAAUCACAA